UACAUGUUCAUGAUUUUUUUUUAGGGUUGUGAGCUGUGACUGAGUAAUACACACUAAAAUGAAGUCAAGAUACAAAAAAGCUAAAAGAAUUUUGACAUUUUAUUACAACAAUUUUGGUUUUAAACCACCAUAUCUUGUGCUGGUUUGUGGCACGUUUUGCAAACAAGCACUGAUGGAUAAAAUAAACAUUGCUGAGCAGCUCCCAAAGUAUUUAAAUGGUGAAGUCAAGCUACUUACUACAAAGUGUGCUAUAAAAGAAUGUGAAUUAGGAGGGUCACUUUUGUAUGGACCUUUCAAGGUGCUUAGCCAGUUUGAUAUAUAUGAAUGCCCACAUUCAUGGUUCAAAGGUAGUGCUAAAUGCCUGCGGCGUGCUGCCUUGAAACAGAAAAAUCAUUUUAUUGUUGCUACACAGGAUGAAGAACUCGCCGAAAGUCUUAGGGAACAUAAUAUCCCUUUGUUACAUAUUUCACACAACUGUAUAAAUCUUGAAGCCCCAUCAGAUAAUUCAAAAAAGUUUGCCGAGGAAAAGACAACUAAAAAGCUCCUGUUAUCACAAAAACAAGAAGCUACAAUUGCUAAAUUGAAAGAAGAACUUCACAUACCAGAAAAUGAUAGCGACAUUAAAAAGAAGAAAAAGAAAAGAAAAGGUCCAAAUCCAUUGUCUUGUAAAAAGCCCCAAAAGAAGACAGAUAUCCAUGGAGUCUCCAAAGGAGGUGUAGAAAGUAUAAAGAAAAGGAUGGAGAAAAAAGAAAAAAACUACAUUUGCUUAGUCAUGUCAAAAAAGAGAUUUUAUAAACUUUUAAUAAAAGUUUUUUUUUUAAGGUUUUUUUGGUCAUUAUUCUCUACAUGUGAUGUUUAGUUAAAAUGAUAGAUA